AUGGAUUGCUUAGGUAGUCGUCCUUUGAAUGAUGAAAAGGCGUCAUCUGAUAGUUUGCGUAUGUUAUUGGAUCAAUUGGGAGAGGGUCAGUUUAUUGAGACUAUCAUCAUCUCCACAUCUGUUUACAACUGUUGCUACUUUAAGUAGAGAAAGGAGUGGAUAUUGCAGAAGAGGAGAAUCACAAAGAGUGUGAAUAAGUGGGUCAAGAGUAAUUUGGAAUCUCGAAAUUAUAUUCACUCAUUCUUGGAUUCACAUCCCGUAUCUAUCAUUUUGUUGAGACCUCUUCGAAAUUUCAAGCCUUACAUCACCUCAACCACACUCACACUGCACUCUUGA